UUCAAAGAUGGGAAAAAAGAAUAACAAAAGAAAAAAGGAAGAGAUCGCUGAAGAAUGGUGCUUUGUUUGCAAAGAUGGUGGUGAACUGAGAGUAUGUGAUUUCAGGGAUUGCCUUAAAACCUAUCAUGCUAAAUGCCUGGGUCAUGAUGCUUCCUUUAUGGAGAAUGACAAUAAUUGGUGUUGUGGUUCCCAUUAUUGCUACCUUUGCGGUAGAGCAUCGAAGUUUAUGUGCUUGUGUUGCCCAAUAGCUGUUUGUGGAAGAUGCUUCUAUGAUGCUGAAUUUGCCACUGUCAAAAGAAACAAAGGAUUUUGUAGGCACUGCUCAAAACUUGCAUUUCUAAUUGAGACAAAUGCUGAUGUUGAUUCUGAUGGGGAGAAGAUAGAUAUGAGAGAUCCAGAUACAGUUGAAAGUUACUUUUUAGAAUAUUAUCAAGUUAUCAAAGAAAGAGAAGGGCUGAAUUCUCAGGAUAUUUACAUUGCCCGUGACAUCGUUAAAAAUGGGAAAAACAAGCGUGACUUGGAUCCGUAUGAAAUAGGUGAGGGGGAAGAUGAUACUGGUGAUUCUGAUGUGAGCAACUUUAUAGGAUCUGAUUGUGACGACUUCGAUGAAACGUCAAGAGUUAAAUCAGUGAAGAGAAAGAAGUGUACGAAAAAGCUCAAAUCAAUAAAAGGGAAAGUAGCGAAAGAUAAGAAAAAGGAUUUUGUAGGAUGGGGUUCAAGAAGUCUCAUAGAUUUUCUUAAAAAUAUUGGUAGAGACACGACCAAAGCUUUUUCCGAAAUUGAAGUUGCUUCGAUCGUCAAUGAUUACUGCCACAAACACCAGCUUUUUGACCCCAAGAAAAAGAAGAUAAUCUGUGAUGCAAAUUUAAAAACUUUGCUGAGGCGGCGGAAAACAGUUAAAAAGAACAACAUACAGAAGCUUCUUGCAUCUCAUUUUGUAGAUAAUUUUGAAGAAACUGAUAGUAGUUCAGAAGAAAGGGAUGACAAUGAGGCAUUCAAAUUUCGAAAGCACAGAAAUUUGAAUUCAACUAUAAAAUCUUGUCAGAAUGUACGUUCGAAAGAGCUGCCAAGUGGAUUUGCAGCUAUAGUUAGUUCAAACAUAAAACUUGUCUACCUGAAGAGGAGCUUAAUUGAGGAGCUUUUGAAGCAACCAGAAACCGAUGGCAAAGUGUUGGGAAGUUAUGUUAGAAUCAAAUCCGACCCAAAUGACUAUUUACAAAAGAAUUCUCAUCUGCUCGUACAAGUCAAAGGAAUCAACAGAUCAUCAAAGCAAGAUGACAUCAGCCAAGAAAUUCUGCUCCGGCUUUCUAAUGUGCCAAAAGAUGUACCUAUCAGCCAAAUUUCUGAUGUUGACUUUUCUGAGGAAGAAUGUCAAGAUCUGUAUCAGAGAAUGACAAAUGGUCUGCCCCAAAAGCCAACUAUACUGGAGCUUGAGAAGAAAGCCAGAACUCUGCAUGAAGAUAUCACAAAGCAUUGGAUCUCAAGGGAGAUAGAAUUGUUACGAAAUCGUAUUGAUCGGGCCAAUGAAAAGGGAUGGAGGAGAGAACUUGCUCAGUACAUGGACCAAAAACAGAAGCUUGAGUCUGCAGCCGAACAAUCACGUUUAUUAAGUGAAAUUCCAAAAGUAAUUCCGGAACUGGUCGGUACCAAUCUGUCGCCAGAAGAUUCUUCAAGAAAAGAUAUGCUAGAGAAAAAAGAUUUGCCAGAAUUAGACAUUGGAGAGACUUGUGACGCUUUUGGACAAUACUCCAGUGAAGAGACUUGUGACUCCACACAUGAUGGUUUUACCCAAUGUCCGGAUAAGAGAGCAGAUGUUGUAGGUCCAAAAUCUCCUGUGAAAAAUAACCAAGAUGAUCCAGCCUUUCCUGCCCCUGUUGAACAACUAUCUGCACUUCUUAAAGAAUCAAACUCUAAUUGUCAGACCUUAAACCCAGAAAAAUGUGGCUUGCCUCAAUCAAGUAACACUAUAUCUGCUUCUGAUGAUGUAAAUUGCAGAAAUCUGAGUACUGACAUGGAUGCCAAUCAUGCAGUAAAGGAAAGGCGAAGCGCUUCGGUUGCUGAUCCCGUUAAGGUGAUCGUCAAUGAUGCUACAGUGUUAAGUGACAGUGAUGAAGAGGAUGUGAGUAUUGAAGUAACUUCAUCUGGAAGAAAGGGAGUGGAGAGUAUUGAUAUUCCUAUUUGGUACUGUUCGGGUGUUCGUGGCUGUGGAACAAGAGGGCCUUUUCCAAUGACUGUACUCAAACACUGGAGUGAAUUGGAUUCCACAUAUGCUCCCUUAGACUUCAAGGUCUGGAAGACGGGUGAGAGUGAAAGAGAGGCAAUGCUUCUAAGGGAUGCACUUAAGCUCUUUUUUCCUUGAUGUCAAAGGAUAAAAAAGUACUUUAUCCUUUGACACUUUGUGAGAUCGAAAAAUUUGCCAGUAUAAUUCUUAUCUCUCAUGUGAAUCUCUAACAUGUUCUUAUUUCUUCCACUCAUUGUCAUACAAUCUCAGGAGAGACUCAACUCAGUGAUGUUUUUGAAGAUGUCAAACUGCUAACUGUCCGCACCGUAAAUCCAAGAAUUUCACAAAUCCAAACACAUGCAAUGUUUUUGAACAUCAAAAUACUGAUUCCAAAUGUGUUUAUCUCAUAAAAUUAUGAUCAGGUUUCAACCAUUAUCCACAGUUUCAUGGAGUACAAUAAAUUUUCAAGAAUUUAUAUUUUUAAAA